AAAAUAUUGUACAUAUCAAAAUAUAUUCAACCUUCUCUGGCUCUCCUCUCUAUAUAUAAAUGACAUGAGAGACGCACGCAAAUGAUGCAGCCUCAAGAGUUAGCGUUUCUCUCUUGUGUCGAAAAUGGUGGAUCGUCAAACAGUUUGCUCCAUGUGUGGUGAUGUAGGCUUUCCGGACAAACUUUUUCGUUGCUACAAGUGCCGUCACCGAUUUCAACACUCGUAUUGUACCAACUACUACAGCGAAUCAUCGGAGGCAAUACAAGUGUGUGAUUGGUGUCAAAGUGAGGGAAAAAGUUCGACUUCUUCCUCCAGUAAAGCAGUUGGAGUUUGGGAUAAUUUAGGAAUCGUCAAUAGGUCGGAAUAUUCAGGAGAUAAUAAAAUCAAGCAAAAUGAUCAUAAGGGGGAAGAAAGUGCUACUACUGAUCAAGGAGCAAAAAUUAAUUCUAAUGGUACACCUUCACCCAGGACAGCAACUCGUAGAUACAAGCUUCUUAAGGAUGUCAUGUGUUAACAAAUAACUGUAAGUGUUUUGGUUUUCUAGUGUGUGUGUACUUUUUUUUCCCUUUUCCUUUUUUGACUGCCAAGAGUUUUUGGCCCUAAAUAAGUUGUUAAAACCAGUGGAAUAACUAUUCCAUGUAUAAAUCCUGAUGCUAAUUAGUAAGCAUGAGUUUUCUUAAAGAAUUCAUAGUACCUAAAGCAGGUUACUUUUUCCAGGUUUAGUGACCACAAUUAAUUUUUCUGAUAAUAAAGGUAGUAAUAUAUAUAGGGGAAAGCGAAAAAUGUCCUUAUAUAGAUAAAUUGAGUAUAUUGUAUAAAAACAUAAAUUGUUAGAGAUACAAUACACUUUUAUUUACUUUAAUUAUAUAUUCAA